AACGAAGAAGGUUUCGUGAGAGGAGGAGGAAAAUGAGGAUCCUAUGAAGUCAUCUCUGGCAUGAUAAGGAAGAAUCGGUAUCUAGUGAAUAUUUACUAAUUUGGAAACAAAAGUGCAAUAAUAAAAGAUAUCCUAUAGGAAGAAGAAACUCUCUUUAGGUGCCAAUCUUGUUGAACUCACUUUUGAUCAGAAAGAAAAAGGGAAGACUCAAGUGUCCAUAUUGCAAUUAAUUAUAUACAUAACUGUCAACAUGGAGGAGAAACCCUAUACAUGUGCUGUGUGUGGACAGAGCUUCACUCAGAGUGGACAUCUACGUUCACAUCAAAGGACCCACACUGGAGAGAAACCCUAUACAUGUCUUGUGUGUGGACAGAGCUUCACUCAGAGUGGACAUCUACGUUCACAUCAAAGGACUCACACUGGGGAGAAACCUUAUAAAUGCCUGGAGUGUGGAAUGAGUUUCACUGAGAGUGGAAGUCUGCAUAGACAUCAAAUGACUCACACUGGAGAGAAACCCUAUAAAUGCUUGGAGUGUGGACAGAGCUUUGCUCGGAGUGGAAGUUUACGUUCACAUCAAGGGACUCAUACUGGGGAGAAACCCUAUACAUGUCUGGAGUGUGGACAGAGCUUCACUGAGAGUAGAAAUCUACGUAGACACCAAAGGAUUCACGCUGGAGAUAAACCCUAUAAGUGUCUGCAGUGCGGAAUAAGCUGCACUACGAGUUCAAAUCUAUGUAGACAUCAAAGGACUCACACUGGAGAGAAACCCUAUACGUGUCUGGAGUGUGGACAGAGCUUCAGUCAUAGUGGAAAUCUACGGUCACAUCGAAGGACUCACACUGGGGAAAAGCCCUAUCAAUGCUUGGAGUGCGGAAUGAGCUUCGCUGACAGUGGAGGUCUACGUUCACAUCAAAGGACUCACACUGGGGAAAAACCCUUUGAAUGCCUGGAGUGUGGAAAGAAUUUUACUUAUCGUGCAAGUCUACGUUCACAUCAAAGGACUCACACUGGGGAGAAGCCCUAUGAAUGCCUGGAAUGUGGAAAGAGGUUCACUUAUAGUACAAGUCUACGUACACAUCAAAGGACUCAUACUGGGGAGAAGCCUUAUAAAUACCUGGAGUGUGAGCCGAGCUUCACUCAGAGUGAAAAUCUGUAUUCACAAGAAGACUCACUCUGAGGAGUAACCCAAAAAAGGCCUGGAGUGUAGAAAGAAUUUCCCUUAUAGUUCAAGUCUACAUAGACAUCAAAGGACUCACACUGGGGAGAAACCCCAAAAAUGCCUGGAGUGCAGACAGAGAUUCACUCAGGGUGGAAGUUUACGUUCACAUCACAUGAUAUGCACUGGGGAGAAACCCUAUAUAUGCCCGGAAAGAAAUUGUUAAGGUUACAUUUACAAUGACACCAGAAUUUUAUGUCUUAAGAAUACUGGAUGAUCAUCUAGAAAGAAAAUUGGAAAGAUUACUAAAAUAUAUGAUAAAUGCAGCAAGAUUCCUAUAUCCUAAGGGAUGGAAGGAAGAAGUUAUCCCUACUCAAGUUAAUUGACUGCUGAAGGAUCUGCAAACUAGCAGAGAUGGAGAAACUGACAUU